AUAUUGUAAAAGUACACAUUGAGAUCACGAUUAUCUUUCGUAUUUUUAUUUAUUUGCUACAGAUGAUUGACUUGCAAGUCAUUGCUUGCGUCAUAUAGCUCUUUCUUGAUAACGAUGACGUUAUAAAAUGACGUAAUAAACUCUCCAUGCGUUGCAACAUAUCUCUUGGAUAUAUUAAAAAAAUAUUAUAAUAUAUUAGCAAUGAUAUUUGCAAUAUUUAUAUAUAUUUGUACAAAUUUUGUGACAGAAUUUAAGUCUGUCGAUUAAAUGCGAUGACAUAUAUGCGCGAUAAGUAACUGGCACAUAGGCGUCAAGGCCAAAAUUCUUGAUGGGUUGUUUUCGGAUGGUCUGCUUACUCGAAUUUGGAAUCGAGAAAACAAUUUGAGAGAGAAAAUAGGAAGAUUUAAUUAAACGUUAUUAGUACAACACAAUACAGAAAAUAAAAUAAAAUGCACUAACAAUAAGAUGAUAACUGUACAGCGAGCACACUAUAUUCUGAUGAAAAAAGAGGAAUUGUUAAAUUAUUCAAGUAACGAGACUUCUCCGAUGAUAACGUCUCAUAUAAUAAGGAGAUUAUUUUUUCCGACAAUUUUCGAAGAUGUCGAAAAUUGUUCUUUUGCGCACACAGCGCAGUGCUAACAUAAUAUUGUUUAUCAGCCUUCACGUACACAUCUGCAUUAUUAUAUAGAGCAUUAUCUGUGCUAAUAAAAAUUUAUUGUAUACGCGAAAAGAUAAUACGUAAGAAUAAGAGCAUUAUAAGUGUUGAAUUCUGAUUACGAAGAGAGAAUCGAGUCACAAGGGUCAUUAGCGAUAUUUAAUUGACAGUCGAAUACAAAGUAAAGGCACUUGCUAAUUGCUCGAAUAUAAUUGACGACUUGCUCUCCGAUCUCGGUGAUCGGAAAUUGUACGAAAAUUUUUCCCAAAAUCAGAUGUCACAAUACGUCACAGUAAGUUGAAGUCGUUUGCUUUUAUCAAACGUUACUAAAUCGAAUCGUCAGUGUCGUGUAGAAAUUGUUACAUCACAUUGAGAAGUAAUUCAGUGAUAAUCAUUGGCACGACGCGCGAGGCGCAGCGGUGUGUGAACUCACGUAUCUGCGCACACUAUCGUAACGACUCUUAUUUAUCACGGCGUAUAUAAAUGCGGCAAUUGCUGUAUCACUGCGGCAGUUUUCAUUCACAUUUAACGCGGUUUUUGUAUCGAUAUUCAGCGUCGGACAAGAGCCGCACGGUUUCGUCAUCGGGUCGAGUUAAAGUUUUGUAAAGUCUCAUUCCCUCGCGAUGGUGGAUUCCGUAUUUCGCACUCGUUCUCUCGGUACACCAGCCGAGGGUGUCAAGGAUCAAUAUGCGGACGGCAGAGCGGCAAAAGUUUGGGAAGUUUUUAUCGGCGACAAAAAACAACGUACGCAGAACUAUCGGGAUUUCCUGGUAGGUCUGCUGCGGCAAAAGGGAUGCCGUCGAAUAUUGGAUGUCGCCUGCGGUACUGGCGUCGACUCCGUGAUGCUGCUGGAAGAAGGUUUUGAAGUAGUCAGCGUCGACGCGUCUGACAAGAUGCUCAAGUACGCGUUAAAAUCCAGAUGGGAUCGUAGAAAAGAGCCUGCCUUCGACAACUGGGUAAUCGAAGAAGCGAAUUGGCUAACUCUACCCAGCGAUAUUAGUCAUCUGAUUGGAGAAGGUUUUGAUGCCGUUAUAUGUUUGGGAAAUAGUUUUGCUCACAUGCCUGAUUCUUUCGAUGAUCAGAGAGAGCAGAGACAAGCCUUAGUGAAUUUCGAACGUUGUGUAAAGCCGGGGGGUUUAUUACUCAUCGAUCACAGGAAUUACGAUUAUAUCAUUAGAACUGGCCAAACUCCUUCAAAAUGUAUAUAUUAUAAUAGUCAGCAUAUGACGGAUAUCAAGACAUCGGUGCUCUACGUUUCCGGAAAACCGAGAAUUGUUACUAUGGAUUAUAUGAUCGCUUUAGAUGAGGAGAACAAAAAUAAUCCCGAAUUUAUCAGCGAAUUUAGGCUGUCGUAUUAUCCUCACAGAUUGACAAUUUUCCGCGACAUGCUGACCGAAACAUUUAGCCACGGAGCGAAACACACUAUCUACGGUGACUUCAAACCACUCAAUCAAAUCGAAGAUCCCGGAUUUUACAUCCACGUAUUGGAGAAACAACAUUAAAAUAGGACAUUGACAUAAACAGUCGAUGUAACUACGUGAUAUUCGUUUUUUAACAGUGUCAUUAAUUUUUUGGAACAAACGUUCCGUCACACUAGACAGAAUGAUAUUCAACGUAGAAUCUGUUAUUAAUUAAUCUGUCCACGUUAAGAAACGAACGAUGUGAAGAUCAAUUAAAAUAAGAUAUUUUUUAUUAAACAUAAACUAUAAUAUCCAAUUAGAAUUAUAUAGUGAAUACUACGAUU